GGGGAGGGGUGGCUUCCGGCCCGAGACGGCGCCGUAGCUGCAGAGAGGCUGCGAGGGCCUCGCCGCGUGUGUGACGGCGGGGGCGUGUCGGCUGGGGUCCGGGGCUCGUGAUAUCCCCGUGGCUGCGGCUACCCGGGAGCUGGCCACUGCGGGCACAGUGAGUGAAGCGAAGCGGGACGGAACGCCGGGCCGGGAGUCGACCCGGAGCUGUUGAGGUUAGGCUGGUAGCCGAAGGACCUCCUCAUCUUCCACAAGGCCUGGAAGCUAAAACCAGGGCCUUCCUCUCACGUGGGUUCCACCCCAGACUCCGUCUCCUCUUGCCGACCCUCUGGGAUCUCCGAGGAGGCCAUGGAGACCUCGACGCCUUUGCCUGCCGCGCCCCCCUCCGCAGUGUGCAGCUCAGCACCGCGGACAAUCCAGAUCGAGUUCCCUCAGCACAGCUCAGCGCUGCUGGAGUCCCUGAACCGCCACAGACUGGAGGGAAAGUUCUGCGAUGUGUCCCUGCUGGUGCAGGGCCGGGAACUUAGGGCCCACAAAGCGGUGCUGGCUGCCGCCUCUCCCUACUUCCACGACAAGCUGCUUCUGGGCGAUGCGCCACGGCUCACCCUCCCGAGCGUCAUCGAAGCCGAUGCCUUCGAGGGGCUGCUGCAGCUCAUUUAUUCAGGGCACCUCCGCCUGCCACUGGAUGCUCUCCCCGCCCACCUCCUUGUGGCCAGCGGCCUUCAGAUGUGGCAAGUGGUAGACCAGUGCUCGGAGAUCCUUAAGGAGCUGGAGACUUCAGGUGGUGGGAUCUCAGCCCGAGGAGCCUCCUCCUACCAUGCACUUCUUUCCACCACAUCCUCUCCAGGAGGCUGGUGCAUUCGCUCUUCCCCUUUCCAGGCCCCAGCACAGCCCUCCGCUCCUGCCGAGAGACCUGCAUCUACUGAGAGCCCCAUCGGAGGGGAGGGGAGUGAACUGGGAGAGGUGUUACAGAUUCAGGUGGAGGAGGAGGAGGAAGAGGAGGAGGAGGAAGACGACGAGGAGGGCCAGGGGUCAGCAACCCUCUCGCAGACGCCCCAGCCUCAGAGGGUAUCAGGGAGUCUGCCCCGUCCUCACGGAUCCCUCGCCUUGCCCGUACCUGCUACUCCCCGCAGGCUGCCAGAGGGCGAAAAUGCACCACUUGAGGUUCCUGCCGCUCCUGCUGCAGUGCCCCCUAAAAUCUUCUACAUUAAGCAGGAACCCUUUGAGUCUAAGGAGGAGUUGUCAGGAGGUGGAACCCAGUCUGGAGGAAUAAAGGAGGAGACCAAAGCAUUUCCUGGAGGGGACCCGGAGGGGAGUGGGGAGCUGGGGUUCUUGUUGCCCUCAGGCGUAGGGGCAGCAUCUGGGGGAGGCGGUCCAUCCUGGAAACCAGUGGAUCUUCAUGGCAAUGAAAUUCUGUCCAGCGGUGGAGGGCCCGGGGGAGCUGGGCAGGCUGUGCACGGUCCCGUGAAGCUAGGCGGGGCACCCCCUGCGGAUGGAAAACGCUUUGGUUGCUUGUGUGGGAAGCGCUUUGCAGUGAAGCCAAAGCGUGACCGCCACAUCAUGCUGACCUUCAGCCUUCGCCCUUUUGGCUGUGGCAUCUGCAAUAAGCGCUUCAAACUGAAGCACCAUCUGACAGAGCACAUGAAGACCCAUGCCGGAGCCCUGCAUGCUUGUCCCCACUGUGGCCGUCGGUUCCGGGUCCACGCCUGUUUCCUUCGUCACCGAGACCUGUGUAAGGGCCAGGGUUGGGCCACUGCCCACUGGACUUACAAGUGACAGCUGAGGCCAUCCACCAACUUAUAGGAGAAGGUAGCCAUUGCUGCUGAUGGAUUCGUGCCCUUUACUACCCCAGACCUGGAUCUCAUAAUCAUGCCCAGUGGAUAAAUAUGUUACGGAUCUCUUGUCCUUGGGUGUAGGCCUCAGUCUGCCAGAUUUGGAAACUCAGAUUUCUCAUCUCACCUCAGGUUUUUGCUAACCACCCUACAGGAAAAUAGUUUGUAGACCAUUCUUAAACUGUUCACUUGCCCAUAGUAGACUUUUUUAUAGUGGUAGUAUCCAUGGAGGAAACCAGGUUUCAGAUUGGAAGGUUAUUUGGUGAGGGAACAAUGAACAGCAAAAAGACGUACAUAGUGGUCAGUGUUUUGUUCGGUCUCCAUGAGGAGUUAAAGAGCUGGUCUCCAGUCAGGGAUAUGUUUCAUUCAGAGGUCUAGUAAUUGAGACUCAGCUCUAAACUGUGCUCUCCCUCAUCAUGGCUGGAAUGAUGUGAGCAGAGUUCUUAUGUACGCUUUGUUCCCUCAGAUUGUACCUAGCUUUCUCACCAGUAGGCACCUUUCCAACACUUUUUUUUUAACGUUGUAGUGAGCACUUUAAGCCGAGCAUUCCACAUGUCAUUCCUAGAACCCUCUUUGAUGGAGGGUAUUCCCUCAACAAUUAGUGCCUCUUGUCUACCUUUGACCACAACUAAUAACUCGUAUUUUGAUCACAGUGACUGGAAUGUGAUCAUUGAACUCAGGAGAUGGCAGCUGACCUAACAUGCUCUCAGGGUAGCACCACUGCUCUCUGAACAAGUUGCCAUGGUCGGAGGAGCUCAGGGCCGAGACAGCGCAUGCUGAACACUAGAGAGGAACUGCACAGUGGGACCAUACGCCGCCUGCUUCUGCAUCCCACCCACGUGUGACAGAGACAGCUCCUCUGUGGAGAGGUAUAGGGGUAGAUAUCGGAAUUAGGGGCAGGGGAAUCUACAGUUUCCUAAUUGCCUAAUUUCUUCUAAUAAACUCUGCCCUGAAAUCUAAACUGACAGUGGGCUAGAUUGAAUAAUUUGUGUGAGAACAGAGCUAGACUUGGAUGCAUUUUUGUACUAGCUUUUCUUGAUGAGAGAAGAGUUGGAUGAUUUCACACUGGUGGAGAGAACAUUGCUCUGGAUUUAGGCCUUGACCUUCCUCUGAGUAACUGCAAGCAGCCUAGUUUACUUUUCAGAACUGUUACCAUUUGUUAUGCUGGGGUGGGUGAUGUGCACUUCCUAACUGGUUCUCUGUAUUUUAUUAAAGGGGUUGGUUCACGUGAUCUUUACCUAUAAUAUUCCCUGACUUCCUGUGUUACGUA